AUGUCUCGUCCAGUAUACCUCAUAAUCUAUCACUCGCCCAUCUUCGCAGCACACUGGGCUCUUUGGAUACCGUACUACGAGCAAGAGGUUGCUGGGAACUCAGGAAAGAUCAUUAAUGUUCAAGGAAGCCCCAGCGAAGGAUUCCUCCACGAGUUUGAGAGGAACUACGAUAUAGCAGCAGAGACCCGCAGACACUCAAUUAGAUUGCUGAGCUGGCUUGACUCCAAGUACAUUAUCGAUACAACUGGAGACUACUCUGUUGACAGCACCGCCAUCGAUUUUCUGGAAUGCUCAGCUUUGACCAUCCAAGCCCCUGGCCCAAGUCUUCGGUCUGCUGGGGAACAUACUUGGCUUCGGCAGUUUGUUUCAAUCCUGGUUGAGAAUGGAACCUUUUCCGAAGAUGCACUCGUCGAACUUGACAAUGCCCCUAAGAAUUGA